UGCGGAUUUGGCGCGUUUCCUUUUCCUGUCAGGUGUCUGCGGUGGUGCGUUCUCUCAUUAUGCCGAAGCGUUCUUACCCGUUCGACAGCUUUGCCCCGCCACAGAUGAAGACCCGCAUCGGGCAGAAGGAGCUUAGCCAGGGCGUGUGCGGGGAGAGCCUGAAGAGGGAGAUAUUCGAGAGAACAAAGAAGCUCUUGUUCAGUGGCGCAAAAUCAAUUAUGGGGAACCAGUCCAACCAAAAUAAGAAUAAUGUAGAAAUGGAUAAUACUCCACCUGAGCUACUGACCGGGCAAACUACAAUUGGACAAGACGGAAGGCUGCACAGAGCCUCUCAUACAUCAGUGCCCGCUGGCUCAUCAAAGGCUUGUUCGUCCUGUGUACGAUCAGUUGGAGACAAAGAGGCCUGCAAACAGUGUGAACAGUACAUUUGCAGAAGUUGCAGUAAAUCUUGCAGUUGUUGUUCAGCAGUACUUUGCUCCUUCUGCACAGUUCUUGUUGAUGGUGACCUCGGUGAGCAAGUUUUCUGCACGACCUGUUCUGCGUAUGAAGUGUAA